UCAACCGGCCGAGCCGAACGAGCGCUGCCAUUGGCCAACAGAGCCAAAGUCUCCACGCCCCAUCGACGUACACAAACUGCACGCCCUCACUGAGCUGUUCGCUCCGUCGGUUCCAGUCUUGUUCGGGACAUCGUUGCGACGGCAUUUCGUACGUUUUUUUGGAUGGUUUCAAAUAGUAUUUUUAAAUAUUUUUACAAAAAUCAACAUUCGUACACGCUUAAGGUUUAACCCGUAGGAUAUUCCCACGUGCCGUCUGCGAACCCGCUGCUGAUGGUUAUUGCAUCGAACUGCUAUUAAUUUUCACUUGGUGAUUGCUAAUAACUUUGUGAUCUUAGUUAAUCGAUGUUGUUCCGUUCAUUUAAAGUUUCAAACGCGGUCAAAGAAAGAUGACAGUUACCAACUUCGGCAUGAUGAGGCCUUGUUUUACCGGAUACCCUUUCCAAGGCCAAGGCCGGGUGAACCAGUUAGGUGGUGUGUUCAUCAACGGUCGGCCAUUACCCAACCACAUAAGGUUGAAAAUUGUCGAGAUGGCUGCAGCCGGAGUCAGGCCAUGUGUUAUAUCCAGACAAUUACGCGUUUCCCAUGGAUGCGUUUCGAAAAUCCUGAACAGAUAUCAGGAAACGGGAAGCAUUAGGCCUGGAGUGAUUGGAGGAAGCAAACCUAGAGUAGCCACGCCAGAUGUAGAGAGACGGAUAGAGGAAUAUAAAUCGGAAAACCCAGGAAUUUUCAGUUGGGAAAUUCGUGACAGAAAUGACAAUGAGCCCGCCCAAUACCACGAUAGUAAAAGGUUAAUCAGAGAAGGUUUAUGCGACCGAGGCAGUGCACCGUCAAUAAGCGCCAUUUCGAGACUUCUAAGAGGACAUGAUGGAGAUGAUUCUGCUUCUGAUAAAAAAAUCAGCGAUGGCAAGACGUCUGAUGGAUCGGAUUGUGAUUCGGAACCAGGUAUACCGCUAAAACGGAAACAGCGUCGUAGCAGAACCACAUUUACUGCUUUACAAUUGGAUGAACUGGAAAAAGCAUUCGAACGUACCCAGUACCCUGACAUCUACACCAGAGAAGAGUUGGCUCAGCGGACAAAAUUGACCGAAGCCCGUAUACAGGUAUGGUUCAGUAACCGCCGGGCCAGGUUAAGAAAGCAAAUGUCUAGCAAUACAGGAAGUUCGACACCGGGCUCUGGGGGCUACAGUAUGGGAUUGGCUCUAGGUUACUCGCCUUCCGCCCAACAAAACCAACAGCUACCGUCGGUACCCAAUUCGUCUUCCACUCCCGCAUACAUGAUGUCGCCACAACAAUUACACGAGCCUUAUAGCACACCGGACGGAUACAAAGAAGAAGACCAUCACCAACAAAUGAUUAAAGACAAUCAACAGCAGCAGCAGCAGCAGCAUAGCAGCAUGAUGUACGGUGGCUUAGGUGCCACUACAUUGAUUGAUCACGACAAUCGUCCCCACAGUAACAUAAGCACGGAAGCGGCUACGGCUACUUCCUACAUCGGUAUCACGGCCGGUUCUUAUGCCACCACACCACUGUACACUACCACGCCGUCGUUACUCGCUUCCCAAAUGGGUCAAUUGAACGGAAACAGUCAACUCUCGCAGUUGCAUAUUGGAAGCAAUGGACAUCAGGCGACAUCGCCAAGUUUACUUUCGGGAGCAUCACAAACAUACCAAAUUGGGUCAGCAGCUCCCAACGCGCCCACAAUGAUCACUCAUCAUCAAUUGUCUCCGGUUUCUGCUAACCUUACUCUUAUGGGACAACCAAAUGGUACAAACGGAGGAGAUAGCUUGAUCACUGUUUCGUCGUCAGAACUAGUUUCAAUGCAAAGCCCAUCGAGCUGGUCCACACUGUCAAAUCACCAUGGCCAUCACCAAAUGCCUCCAAUGAAUCCCGCCCGUAUCAGCCCCCAGCCGACGCUCAUACCUACAUCGUGUAUGGGUCAAAUGAGCCCCACUUCGGCUGCCUACCACAGCUAUCAGCCACGUCAAACCCAUCCUCCAUUUUAUACGUGGUACUGAUACAUUGAUAAUAAACAAUUUGUUAUUAUUAACAACAAAAUAAACAAUAUACAAUUUUUCCUUGCAAAUAACAAUUUAGACUCUCGAAUAAUAUUUGUUUAGUUAUUUUCUAUUCAUUACGCUUUAUACAAUUAUAUGUUCCUAACCUAGAUUUUAUAUUAUAAAUGAUUAAUGAUGAGCUUAAUUUUUAAAUUAAAAAACAUAUCAUGUAAUCGAUCAAAAUAAAAAUGAAUUCCUAUUAUCCGUAGAAAAAUUAUAAUUAAUGUCUACAGUGUCUUAUCGGGAAAGAAACAAAUUGUAACUCAUUAGUUUAAAAUUGUAAAAAUUAUUUGUUAUUUUAUAAUUGAACAUAUCGAAAUAUAUUUUGUAUAGUAAUAAAAUAGUUGUAAAUGAAUGUAUUUUAUUUUUGUAAAUUUGUUUUGGUUAAAUUUAAUUUGUAUUUACAAAUAGAUUUUUUUCAGUAAUCCUUAUUUGUAGUUUAUUAAUUGUUUUUG